GAGCGGCAGCAGCAGGAACGCAACUUCCACGAGACGGAGGUAGCGCGAGGCCCGCUCUGGCCCUCCCCCACCCCCUGCCCGGCCGCGCGCAAGGGGGGGGGUCCCGCGUGCGCUUGAGGCGGCUGGCGCCCAGGGUCCAGCCCCCUUUCCCCCCCACAGACACGCGCUCCAUUUUCUCGGGGCGGCCGGUGGGGCCGCGGGUUCGAGUCCAGGCCGGGGCCGGGGCCCAGGCCGGUGGUGGAGGAUGGAGGCGGGUGGCAUGGAGUACUUCAGUGAGCAGGUGCAGCAGAAGGACGUGGCCCGGCGGCUGCAGGUGGGCCAGGAGCUGCUGGACUACUUGAGUGAGCCGACCCGCUCGCCCGACCUGGAGCACGACCCGCAGCGCCUUGACGUAGUUGUCAACGAGCUGGCAGCCUGGCUCAACUCCAGCAAUUUUAAGGUGGCAUUGCUUGGCUUAGAUGUUUUAGGUGCCUUUGUCGACAGACUAUCAGGACGCUUUAAAUCCUAUAUAGGAACUGUUCUUCUACCUUUGAUAGAUCGGAUGGGAGAUGCCAAAGACCAAGUUCGAGAACAAGCCCAGAAUCUCAUAUUGAAAUUAAUGGACCAGACAGCAUCGCCAAUGUACAUUUGGGAACGCCUUGCUGUUGGUUUUAAGCACAAGAAUAACCGAUCCCGAGAGGGAGUGUGCUUGUGUCUUAUUGCAACCUUGAAUGCUUAUGGUGCACAAUCGUUAAUCCUCAACAAAUUGGUUCCACACUUAUGCAUCUUGUUUGGAGACUCCAAUAGUCCGGUGAGAGAUGCUGCAUUAUUGGCAAUUGUGGAGAUUUAUAGACAUGUAGGGGAGAGAGUACGAGUAGACCUCAACAAGAGGGGAAUUCCCUCUGCAAGGUUACAAGUGAUCUUUGCAAAAUUUGAUGAAGUGAGAAACUCUGGAAAUAUGUUGAUUAGUACCAGUGAUAAAAGCUUUGAUGAUGAAGAGUCAGUGGAUGGAAAUAGGCCAUCGUCAGCUGCUUCAGCCUUCAAGGUUCCUGCACCUAAGAAGCCUGGAAAUCCUACAAACAGUGCAAGAAAACCAGGCUCAGCUGGUGGGCCAAAGGUUGGAGGUGCAUCCAAAGAUGGAGGAGCUGGAGCUGUUGACGAGGAUGAUUUUAUUAAGGCAUUUACAGAUGUACCUACAGUACAGAUCUAUUCCAGUCGAGAACUUGAAGAAACAUUAAACAAAAUCAGGGAAAUUCUCUCAGAUGAUAAGCAUGACUGGGAUCAACGAACCAUUGCACUCAAGAAAGUGCGGUCACUGCUUGUUGCUGGAGCUGCACAGUAUGACGGCUUUUUCCAGCAUUUACGAUUGUUGGAUGGUGCUUUUAAACUGUCUGCUAAGGAUCUCAGAUCCCAAGUUGUUAGAGAAGCAUGCAUUACCGUCGCCCAUCUUUCAACAGUUUUGGGAAACAAGUUUGACCAUGGCGCUGAAGCCAUUGUGCCUACUCUUUUUAAUCUGGUCCCCAACAGCGCCAAAGUCAUGGCAACUUCUGGGUGUGCAGCAAUCAGAUUCAUUAUUCGUCAUACCCAUGUGCCUAGACUCAUACCUUUAAUAACAAGUAACUGCACUUCAAAAUCAGUUGCUGUUAGAAGGCGCUCUUUUGAAUUUUUAGACUUGUUAUUGCAAGAGUGGCAAACACAUUCUUUGGAAAGGCAUGCAGCUGUCUUGGUUGAAACGAUCAAGAAGGGAAUUCAUGAUGCUGAUGCUGAGGCACGAGUGGAGGCAAGAAAAGCUUAUCUAGGUCUUAGAAAUCACUUCCCUAGUGAAGCAGAGGCUCUGUACAAUUCCCUUGAGCCAUCCUAUCAGAGAAGUCUCCAGACUUACUUGAAGAAUUCUGGCAGCAUAGCAUCUCUUCCUCAAUCAGACAGGUCAUCCUCCAGCUCACAGGAGAGCCUCAAUCGCCCUCUGCCCUCUAAAUGGUCUACAGCCAGCCCAGCAAGUAUAGCCAGUAGAGUUUCAGGAAGUAGCAGCAAGACUGCCCCAAGUCCAGGAGCACUGCAGAGGUCACGCAGCGACAUUGAUGUUAAUGCUGCUGCAGGUGCAAAGGCACGGCAUGCUGCUGGACAGUCAUCAGGGGCUGGACGUUUGUCUGCGGCUGGUCUACCUCCAGGGUCGUAUGCUUCACUAGAGGAUACUUCUGACAAGAUGGAUGGAACAGCUUCUGAAGAUGGGCGUGUACGGACAAAGCUUUCAACACCCUCUGUUGGUAUUGGAAACUCAAAAACAGAUUCCAGAGGACGCAGUAGAACAAAAGUGGUCUCUCAGUCGCAGCGUUCGUCAUCGCCAGACAAAAAUGAAGGAUCACAGUCUGCUAACCCCAUCGGUGCUGGUAGCCGAUCUGGAUCUCCUGGAAGAGUUUUGACGACAACCACACUCUCCACUAUGAAUACAGGGGUUCAGAGAGUGUUAGUCAAUCCUGCAACAGCUCAGAAACGUAGCAAGAUCCCACGAAGCCAAGGAUGCAGUAGAGAAGCUAGUCCUUCUCGAUUGUCAGUAGCACGAGGCAGCCGCAUUCCUCGACCUAGUGUGAGUCAGGGGUGCAGUCGGGAGGCCAGCCGUGAAAGUAGCAGGGACACGAGCCCUGUCCGCUCUUUUCCACCCCUUGCUUCCAGACAUCACUCCAGAUCUACUGGUGCCCUCUACACCCCUGAUGUUUAUGGGGCUGCAGGUACAGGUUUUGGGAUCAGCCAGUCAAGUAGAUUGUCAUCAUCGGUUAGUGCUAUGCGCGUGCUGAACACAGGUUCUGAUGUGGAAGAAGCGGUUGCAGAUGCAUUGCUCUUAGGAGACAUGCGGACUAAGAAAAAGCCUGUACGAAGGAGGUAUGAAUCUUAUGGAAUGUACUCGGAUGAUGAUGCUAAUAGUGAUGCAUCCAGUGCCUGCUCAGAAAGAUCAUACAGCUCUCGGAAUGGCAGCAUUCCCACAUACAUGCGCCAAACAGAAGAUGUAGCAGAGGUCCUCAAUCGUUGUGCUAGCUCCAACUGGUCAGAAAGAAAAGAAGGUCUUCUAGGUCUACAAAAUUUAUUAAAAAAUCAGAGGACUUUGAGUCGAGUUGAACUGAAAAGAUUGUGUGAAAUCUUCACCAGGAUGUUUGCUGACCCUCACAGCAAGAGAGUGUUCAGUAUGUUUUUGGAGACUUUGGUGGAUUUCAUCCAGGUCCAUAAAGAGGAUCUACAGGAUUGGUUGUUUGUAUUGCUGACACAGCUGCUGAAAAAAAUGGGUGCUGAUUUGCUUGGGUCUGUACAAGCAAAAGUUCAGAAGGCACUUGAUAUCACAAGAGAAUCUUUUCCAAAUGAUCUCCAAUUCAGUAUUUUAAUGAGAUUCACUGUUGACCAGACCCAGACACCAAGCUUGAAGACAGUCAAGCCAGCACUGCAGGACCAGCUUCGCUCUUUUUGGAGCUCAAAGGUAAAAGUUGCAAUUCUUAAAUACAUAGAGACACUUGCACAGCAGAUGGACCCAGGGGACUUUGUUAAUUCAAGUGAGACUCGGUUGGCAGUAUCUCGAAUCAUCACCUGGACCACAGAACCUAAAAGCUCAGAUGUUAGGAAGGCUGCACAGUCGGUGCUGAUUUCCCUAUUUGAACUUAACACUCCAGAGUUUACAAUGUUACUAGGUGCUUUACCAAAAACAUUUCAAGAUGGAGCCACAAAGCUUCUCCACAAUCAUCUCCGGAAUACAGGCAAUGGUGGCCAGGGGUCAGUGGGAAGCCCCUUAACAAGGCCUACUCCACGCUCACCAGCCAGCUGGUCCAGUCCUCUCACUUCCCCAACCAAUACAUCACAGAAUACUUUGUCACCAAGUGCAUUUGAUUAUGACACAGAAAACAUGAAUUCUGAAGACAUAUAUAGUUCUCUUCGUGGAGUUACUGAAGCCAUUCAAAACUUCAGUUUCCGUAGUCAAGAAGAUAUGAAUGAACCUAUGAAACGGGAUUCCAAAAAAGACAAUGAUGGUGAUUCACUAUGCAGUGGUUCUGGAAUAGCGGAUCUGCGAGCAGGAGGUGGUUUUACUGAUACAGGCCGAACAGCUCUUGAUAACAAAACAUCAUUACUUAACACGAUGCCUCCCCACUCUUCACCACGUUCACGAGAUUAUAACCCGUAUAAUUAUUCAGAUAGCAUCAGUCCUUUUAAUAAAUCUGCUUUAAAAGAAGCCAUGUUUGAUGAUGAUGCAGAGCAGUUUCCUGAUGAGCCUCCCCUGGACCAUUCUGAUCUGGUUGCAGAGUUACUGAAGGAACUAUCAAACCAUAACGAGAGAGUUGAAGAAAGAAAGGCUGCCCUCUAUGAGCUUAUGAAAUUGACUCAAGAAGAGUCCUUUGGUGUUUGGGAUGAGCACUUCAAAACAAUACUACUCCUGUUACUUGAAACACUUGGGGACAAAGAGCAUGCAAUCAGAGCUUUAGCACUGAAAGUUUUAAGAGAAAUUCUAAGGAACCAACCAGCAAGAUUUAAAAAUUAUGCCGAGCUUACAAUCAUGAAGACUCUAGAAGCUCAUAAGGAUCCUCAUAAGGAGGUGGUGAGAUCUGCUGAAGAAGCUGCUUCAAUGCUAGCCACUUCCAUUAGCCCAGAUCAGUGCAUCAAAGUUCUUUGUCCCAUUAUCCAAACUGCAGAUUAUCCCAUCAAUUUGGCUGCAAUUAAAAUGCAGACAAAAGUGAUAGAAAGAGUAUCUAAAGAAACUCUAACUCAGCUUUUACCAGAGAUUGUGCCAGGUCUAAUACAGGGCUAUGAUAAUUCAGAGAGCAGUGUUCGUAAGGCUUGUGUUUUCUGCCUUGUAGCCAUCCAUGCAGUAAUUGGCGAUGAACUUAAACCACAUCUUAGUCAACUCACUGGCAGUAAAAUGAAAUUACUGAACCUUUACAUCAAACGUGCACAGACAGGCUCUGGAGCAGGUGAUACAGCAACAGACGUUUCUGGACAAAGCUAAUGAAUCUGACGACCAUGAACCAGGUCUCCUAAAGAAAGAACAGACCCUCAUCAGUGAAAGGAAAAUUCUCAAGUUCACUUUUUGGAACUCUUCUCGUUCUGUUUUGGGUUUUUUUGUUUGUUUUUUUUGGGAUUUUUUUCCUUUAACCGGCGGCUACCCUCAGCCUGCAUGUGACUGUUGCAGUAGAGUUAUUCCAAAACCAAGGAGAAACAGUAUUAAUAUCAGUUGAUCAAAAAAUAAAUUUAAAAAAAAGCUAAUCCAUCACUUUCCUGUUCACACUCCUCUGUGUCUUCCCAUUAACUUUUGCCAGUGUUAAAUUGUAUUUAAAAGAAUUUUAAAAAAUGCUAAUUAAACAGGAAUGCUUUAAGCUUUAAAAUUUAAAAAUCUAAAUUCUUUUGCUUUCAUUUGGCUGCAGAAUAACAUUUUUUAUUGUUCUUUUGUUUAAGUAUAUCAUGUUCUUUGCUAGAAACAAGAAAUGGUGUGAAACAAGGCAGGACCAGUCUGAACUGCAUCUAGACUUGGUCGCUGUAUUGGUGGUACAUCAUCUUAUUUACAUCUUGUUUGGGAUACUAUGGAGACUGAGAAUUAUACCUGUUUAAAAAAAAAAA